AAACAAAGCCCCCACGUUGUCGUUGCCUCUCUCUCUCUCCCCGUUUAUCGUAAGCCAAAAGAAGAGAGAGAUCAAGAGGCGGAGAAGACGAAGGGGAGGCGAAAGCCCCCGGAUUUGGAAGAGAGAGAUGAUGAUGACGAAGAGCUCGAUGGGGGCCAUGGAGGGGCCCGUCCUGGACGACAUCCUCCGGCGGCUCAUCGACGGCGGCCGGGGCGGCGGCGGGAAGCAGGUCCAGCUCUCGGAGUCCGAGAUCCGUCAACUAUGCGUCGAGGCCAAGCGGGUCUUCCUCUCCCAGCCCAACCUCCUCGAUCUCCGCGCCCCUAUUAAGAUCUGCGGUGAUAUACAUGGACAAUAUCUUGAUCUCAUAAGGAUAUUUGAAUGUGGUGGCUAUCCUCCUGCUUCAAGUUAUCUGUUUCUUGGGGACUAUGUCGAUAGGGGUAAACACAGCUUGGAGACAAUAUGUUUGCUUCUAGCAUAUAAAAUAAAGUACCCUGACAAAAUCUCUCUUUUGAGGGGGAACCAUGAAGAUGCGAAAAUCAAUAGAGUUUACGGUUUUUAUGAUGAAUGUAAGCGGAGGUUCAAUGUCCGGCUUUGGAAGAUCUUUUGCGAUUGCUUCAAUUGUUUACCUAUUGCAGCAGUCAUCGAUGAGAAAAUCUUGUGCAUGCAUGGGGGGCUUUCACCAGAGUUAACCAGUUUGGACCAAAUAAGACAUAUUGAGAGGCCCAUUGAGAUUCCAGAUUAUGGUCUUCUUUGUGAUUUGCUUUGGUCUGAUCCUGAUCCUGAGGUUCAAGGGUGGGGGAUGAGUGACAGAGGGGUUUCAUGUACAUUCGGUGCUGAUAAACUUGUUGAGUUUUUGGAGAAGAAUGAACUCGAUCUUUUAUGCCGAGCUCAUCAGGUAGUAGAAGACGGAUAUGAGUUUUUUGCACAACGGAGAUUAGUCACAAUAUUUUCAGCUCCAAAUUACUGUGGUGAAUUUGAUAAUGCUGGUGCUUUGUUGAGCAUAGAUGAGUCCCUUUUGUGUUCAUUUCAGAUAUUGAAACCCAUUGAAAACAGAGCUGGACCAGGUGGCUCCACAUUAAGACCUAUACCAAAGAAGUUGCCAAAAGGUGGGAAUAUUUGAUGCCUCAACAGUUACAACCGAUCAGCUUGGCAAAAAGAGGAGAUUUAAAGGGUUUUGAUUUUCUUUGUUAUUUUCUCGUAUUUAGUCUUCUAGGCGUUGCAAGCCUUUAACACCUUUCAAACCAUCAGGCAGUCAAAGCUUGUCUAUUAAUUUGCAGGAAAAAUUUGUAAAUUAAUUCCAAACACUUUCUUUCUGUACAGCAAUAAAGUAUUAUUUAAUGUAAUUUUGAUCACCUCUUUAUCAUUA